AGAUGCACAGCAAAGGACACUCCUGGUAAGGCCCCUCUACACACACACACACACAAACAAACAAACAAACAAACAUGAGGAGGAAUCAGAAGAGAAACAGCUGCUGGAGAAAAGUUGAUCCUGUGUUUAGAAGAAAGUUAAAUCUGUAAAUAAGACAAAGACAACAAUAAAUCGAUUGUUUAUCAGUGAUUUUGUGUUCUACAAAUAAUACAACGAUCUGUUCUUGUCAUAAAUAUUAUUAUCAAUCAAUCAACUUUAUUUCUAUAGCACAUUUAAAAGAACCACAGGGGUAGCCAAAGUGCUGUACAUUGAGACAUUAAAACAAAUAAAACAAGCAAAGAACAAGAUAAAGCGAACAAGAAUACAUAAAUGCAAAAAUAAAUAAAUAUAUAAAUAAGCAGGCUCAUGGCAAGUGCUAUGAUGAUAACAAACAAAAUAACACUACAGUGUGUUGAAAGCCAAGGAGUAAAAGUGAGUUCUGGGUUCUGCACAAGCUGCAGGCAGGCAAGGGAGGCCUGACUAAUCCCUACAUACAAAGAAUUGCAGUAAUCAAGACGGGUCAUGAUAAAAGCAUGGAUUAAUUUUCCAGGUCAGAUCUUGAUAAAAUGGGCUUCACCUUUGCUAUCUGACGUAACUGAUAAAAACUUUUUUGUACCACCUCGCUGAUCAACAUUACUUCGGUCUUGUUCUCAUUAAGACUGAGGAAGUUAAAAGAAAGCCAGGCUUUAAUGUCCUUAAGAUAUUAUUAUAAAUACUAUUUUAUCACCAUAAUUUUAAUCAAACUGAAUCCUCUCUUUGUAAACUUUCAUACAUCUGUUUGACUACUCAGUUUUAUGUCUCUGCCUUGAUGCCAUUGCAUUAUGGGAAAUGUGGUUUUAGCGUGAACUGCAUCAUGGUCGAAUUUAUCACCUCACUGUUAGAAUCUUUUUUUUUCCGUAACCUUUAGAUUCACAAUCUGAUGUGGUGAUCAGGUUUCAGAUGUUCUUCAUGAUACCAGCAGGUGGUUUUAGAGUCACUGAGAUGUUCCAGGUGUUUUGGGGGGUGAACAACCAUCUCCGGUGAUCCAGGUGUUUCCUGAUGGUGAUGGAAACAUGUCAUCUUGGUGGUGUUUUAAUUGAGUUUGUGUGUAAUGGGUGUUUCAGGUGUUAGAGGAUUUCAGGUGUUUUCAAGUGUUGCAGGUAUUAAAGGUGUAACCAGGGUCUCAGUGCGAGUUCCAGGUAUUACAGGUGUUGGUUAUUGUUGAAGGUUUUAAGCUCAUUCAGAUGUCUUCAGGUGUUUUAGGUAUUUUAAGGUUUUCUUGUGUUGAAGCCUUCAGGUGUUUGAGGUGUUCCAGUUCUUCUAGGGUAUUACUCACUUUCCAGGUGUUUUUUUAAUGAUUCUUGGUGGUAUUUUCAAUGUUUCUCAGGUAUUUCAGGUGGACUGAGGUAUUAUUCUUGUGUCUGGUGUGACAGAUGCAGGUGUAUCAGGUGUUUCCAGGUGUCCCAGACCCUUUUAGGUGACGGAUGAUUAACAGAAAAAAGUGACUGACAGCAAAAAGUUCACCUGCAGCUCAGAUCAAAGGGCAAACUUACCUUUUUAUCCAAUAAACACAGAGCUAAUCUGAGUAAUCUAUAACCUAUAACCUCAAGUACAUUCUAGAAUCUGAUUUCUAUGAUCUUUAGCCUGUUAUUGAUUAAUAUGAUCUUUAAUCAUUAUCUGUCAGGACAGGUGAGGGUUUCUGGUCAUCAGGUGAAAUUAGUUCAGGUCCCACUCUAAAUAGGACUCAGAUUUGCCCCUCUGUGGUCAUAAAGAUAUUUCUCAUCUGUAAAAUCAAUCAUUCUAAUUUGUCAUCUGUCAUCAAUAAUCCAUAACCAAUAAUGCUGUAAUCUGUCCCCCUCAGCUGCUGCUCCUUCGAAGACUACAAACUGACGGCUGAGUGGCUGCUGAAUCACACCAGCCACCGUCCGAAGGUGGCGGUGAUCUGCGGCUCAGGACUCGGCCUGCUGGCUGAUGGAGCCUCCAACAAGCAGACCUUCAAGUACCAGGACAUCCCCAACUUCCCCGUCAGCACAGGUGAGUGGACCCCGCCAUCUGCUGGAUGAAGGGGCGGGGCCUCAGCUGCUGCAGGUGUGAAAUAGUUUUUAUCUUAUUCUCUCUCUCGCUCUCUCUCUCUCUCUCUCUCUCUCUCUCUCUCUCUAUCUCUCCCUCAGUGGCGGGUCAUGAAGGCUGUCUGGUCUUCGGAACGAUUGAGGACACUUCCUGCGUCUUCAUGCAGGGUCACUUCCACCUGUACGAGGGUUACUCUCUCUGCCAGGUGAGUGCCGCUGACCUUCUUCUUACCCAGCAUGCAUUGGGUGCAAAGUGUUUGAUUCAGUCAAGCAGAAAGUGAAACUUGAGCAAAUGUGCCUCAGACUGCAGUUCCUCUUGUGACCACAUGAUGGCAUCUCCAUCAGCAGCACAGCAGAAAUAAAUACAUGACAACAGUCAGGUGCCAAAACAAAAAAAAAACAAACUAGUGCCCCACGGGGCAUCAACGGGCCUGAGCGGUGUCGCGCUGCUACCUCUGUAAACAACCUCCCAGCGCACUGCCACCAUUUCGCACCGCCUGCUAACCUUUAUGAUGGCUGGAACUUGUGAUUGCCUUUGAGUGCUGGAGGUCAUUUACUGUGAAAAAACGUCAGAGUUUAAAAGGACACCAUAGCCACACCCUUUGACCUAAACAAAGGAUUUACUGAUAUGGUCUUCCUCAAGGUCUGGAAGAGGAAUUACAUCUCAGCAUCAGCUCAGGCCCAAAUAAUUCCUGCUAUUUCAAAAGAACUCUCACCCACUGCUUGCAGCGUCAGCUCGUACCCUCUAAAAUAUCAUAUAAAGUAUAAUAAAAAUGUAAUUGUAAAGUAUGAUAAAAUCUAGUAUAGUAUGAUCAAAAUAUCAUGGAAUAAAUUGACAAAAAUGUCAUAAUAAAGUAUAAUAAAAUGUCAUCAUAUAGAUUGAUAAAAAUGUCAUUGUAAAGUAUAAUAAAAAUGUCAUUGUAAAGUAUGAUAAAAUAUCAUAGUAUAGUAUGAUGAAAAUGUCAUCGUAAUGAAUGAUAAUAAUGUCAUUGUAAACUAUGAUAAAAUGUCAUAAUAUAGAAUGAUAAAAAUGUAAUAGUAUACUAUGAUCAAAAUAUCAUGGAAUAAAAUAAUAAAAAUUUCAUAGUUAAGGAUGAUAAAAUGUCAUAGUAGAGGAUGAUAAAAAUGUCAGUGUAAAGUAUGAUAAAGGGUGAUAGUAUAGUAUGAUAAAAAUGUCAUAAAGUAUGAUAAAAUAACUGAAACAGAUAGCCGCGAUCCGCGGUUUGAUUUCAUUCACGCUGACUGCGAUCAGUACGAGUGGUGACAGCAGACGCUUUUCCACAUCAAAGAAGGAAAUAUUUGCAAUAUAUUUUCGUUAACACCAAGUGUUUCGUUUCUACUUUUUUGAAGCGUGGAUCAUAGUUGUGGAGAUGUCACACAAACAUUGAAUACAACCAACAAGCGAGGUGUACAGGCUGUGUUAAUUACAUUGAAUAUCAAUUGAACGAAUGAUACACGGAUUCACUGCCCCCUAUCGGCCAGAAGGGGCCAGAAAGAGUGGGGUCCGUGACGUCACUUUCCGGCGCCACUUGAGAUUGCAAACUCAGAUUGAAUUUGGGGACACUUUUUGCGGGGCGAGCACGUAAACGGAAAAGCAUUUCUGAGUUUGCUUUUGCUUUUUAAUUUAGUUACAAAAUGAGCAGUCUUGAAGAAGAAAAUGAAAAUGCAUUUUGGAAUAUUGCUAUUUAUUUUUAUUUUUUGUCAAAUAGUGCAGCCAUGACUGAAAUGAAAAAGCAUUUCUGCUAAUGCUUUAGAAUUUUCGAAUUUGACAUUUCAAAUUGAAUAUUGUGACCUUUUUGCUGGUGAAUGUUUUGAAAAUUAAAUGUUAAAUGUGAUUUGCUUUUGCUUUUCAAUUUAGUCACAAAAUGAGCAGUCUUGAAGAAGAAAAUGAAAAUGCAUUUUGGAAUAUUGCUUUUGAUUUUUAUUUUUGAGUCAAAUAGUGCAGCCAAGUAAAUGACGUGACAUUUCAAUCAUACUAUACUAUGAUAUUUUGAUCAUAGUAUAUUACAACAUUUUAAUUAUACUAUACUAUGAUAUUUUAUCAUAUUGAACCAUGAUAUAUUUAUCAUACUAUACUAUAUUUAUAUCAUAGUAUACUAUGACAUUUUUAUCAUACUAUACUAUGAUGUUUUUAUCAUACUUUAUUGUCACAUUUUUAUCAUACUUUACAAUGACAUCAUACUUUACAAUGUCAUUUUUAUCAUACUAUACUAUAUUUUAUUAGUAUACAAUAACACUUUUUACAUACUAUACUAUGAUGUUUUUAUCAUACUAUACUAUGCUAUAUUUAUCAUAUAAUACUAUGAUAUUUUGAUCAUAGUAUACUAUAACAUUUUUAUUAUACUAUACUAUAUUUUAUUAUACUGAACUAUGACAUAAAUAUCAUACAAUACAUGAUAUUUUUAUCAUAGUAUACUAUGACAUUUUUAUCAUACUAUACUAUGAUGUUUUUAUCAUACUUUAUUGUCACAUUUUUAUCAUACUUUACAAUGACAUUUAUAUCAUACUAUACUAUAUUUUAUUAUACUUUACAGUGACAUUUUUAUUAUACUAAACUAUUAUUUUUGAGUCAAAUAGUGCAACCAUGACUUUGAAAUGAAAAAGCAUUGAAUUUGAGAUAUGAGUCACAAUCGCUUCCAUAAAAUAACAGCGAAGUAGCUCAAGUUAUCUUAUUCAAAGUUUGCAUUUCUCCUUUCUUUAUGUUUUACUGGACUAGUAUCUAAUGGUCUGCUACCAGACACUAUGAGGUCUUUUACUUUAGUGCCUAUCAUCAAGGAUGAAACAUGGCAAGCUUAGACAACUACCGGCCCAUUGCGCUUGCUAGAGUGGUAUCUAAGGUCUUGGAGAGGGUUCUCUUGGGUCGUGUUUCUAAAUAAAUUGAUUCUUCUGACAAUCAAUUUGGCUUUAAAGUAACGCAUGGUAUGUAUUUUUGUUUUUAAGCUUUAAAAGAGGGUGUCGGUGUACAGUACAGGCCAAGAGUUUGAACACACCUUCUCAUUCAAUGUCUUUUCUUUAUAUUUUUAUAUGACUAUUUACAUUGUAGAUUAUCACUGAAGGCAUCAAAACUAUGAGUGAACACAUGGAAUUUUGUACUUAUGAAAAAAGUGUGAAAUAACUGAAAACAUAUUUUAUAUUCUAGUUUCUUUAAAAUAGCCACCCCUUGCUCUUGAUGACAGAAGCACUUCAUGACUGAAUCUGUCAGUCACAAAGUAACCCUGACAAGGCACACCUGUGAAGUAAAAACCAUUUCAGGUGACUACCUCAUGAAGCUCAUUGACAGAACAGCAAACGUUUGCAGCGCUAUCGAAAAAGCAAAGGGUGGCUACUUUGAAGAAUCUAAAAUAUAAAACAUGUUUUCAGUUAUUUCACACUUAUUUGUUAAGCACAUGAUUCCACGUGUGUUCAUUCAUAGUUUUGAUGCCUUCACUGAGAAUCUACAAUUUAAAUAGUGAUGAGAAUAAAAAUAUGCAUUGAAUGAGAAGGUGUGUCCAAACUUUUGGCCUGUACUGUAUAUAGAAGGAAUAAUUCAUGGAUGAGUUAUCUCAACAUCUGUAUGGGUGUAAAACCGAUUGUGUGUUAAAAAACAAAAUAUUUAAACAUCCCAUGUAUGCUGAUGAUCUGGCCAUUUUUCCCCUAGUAGUGCUGGGUCUUUUUUUUUAGAUUAUGGGGUUAAAUAUGAUGUGCAAUACAAUUUCAAAAAGAGUACAGGAAUGAUUUGUAGAUGUAAAGGAGAUAGGGACCUCAAUUUCCCAAAUUUUCAUCUUAUUCUUUAGAACAAAAUCAAUGAUGCGUUCAGGAUUUUUUUGAAGAAACCAAGGGGCACCAGUGCCAGUGACCCUUUUUUAAUGCUGGACUUUACUCCUUUCGUGUACUCUUUAGAAAUCUGAUUUAUGAAUUUAUGUGCAGAUGGACAGAUUCUAAGAACUCCAUAUUAGGGUUGCUGACAAAUCCUCUGCUUAGUUCCAUUCGAAGCCAGUUUCCCUGGUGGAGACACUGGUACAGUUGUCUUUUAUAAGGCGUAUAUGGAUAAGUGUUGAGUUUGUUUCUGUUUCUGUUUGUACUUGUAUUUAUUGUUUGGUUUAUCAACCUUGAGUCUGUCAAUAAAGUAUCUCCCUCUCUCUCUCAUGAUAAAUAUGUCACAUUACAGUAUAAUAGAAAAAAUCCUGGUAAAUUAUGAUAAAAAUAGAAUAUUAAAGUAUGAAACAAGGUCAUACUAUGGUAUGAUAAAAAUGUCAUAGAAAAGUAUGAUAAAAAGUUGUUAAAUUUUUGACAAAAUGUCAUAGCAUAGUAUGUCAAAAUAUCCAGGGCGGCAGUAGCUCAGAAGGUAGAGCAGUCAUCAUGUAUUUGAAAGGUUGGUGGUUCGAUUCCCCCCUUUUCCCAAGUCUGUCUGUUGUGUCCUUGGGUAAGACACUUAACCUACCUUGCUCCCAGUGUGUGUCUUUCACUGGUGUAUGAUUGUGAGUGUUGUGUGGUGGUGGUUGGAGACGCAAACUGGAAACCACAUGUUUGUCAGUCUGCCCCAAGGCAGCUCUCUGAUAAAGCUGAAAAGCUGUGUGGUGGUGGUUGGAGAGGCUGGAAGUGCAAACUUGCAGCCACAUUUCUGUCAGCCUGCUCCAGGGCAACUUAGGUGUGACCGUGUAAGCAAUCAAAUGUUGUAUCGAAUGUCAAGCUAUUUGAGGGUCUCUGAUUAAGCGCUAUGAAAAUCUGAUGCAUUGUUUUUGUUAUAAAAAUCAUAGCUAAGUUUUACAAAAUAUUGAACUAUAGUGUGUUAAGAAUAUUGUAGUAUAAUAUGAUAAAGUACCGUAUGAUAGCACGUUAAAAAUGUCAUAGUAUAGUAUGAUAAAAUAAAGUAUGAUAAAAAUAUCAUAGUAUAGUAUGUUAUGUCAUAGUAUGCUGCGGUGAAAAUGUCACACUAUAUUGUGAUAAAAGAAUCACAAUAUUUGACAAAAAAUGUCACAUUAUAGUUUGAUAAAAAUAUCAUUGUAAAGUAUGAUAAGAUGUAUAGUAUAGUAUUUUAAAACAGUGAUUUUUUAAAUAGUAUAAAAUGUCAUAGUAUAGAAUGUUAAAGAUAUCAUAGAAUGGUAUGAUAAAAAUAUCAUAGUAUAGUAUUAUAAAAUGCCAUAGUAUAGUUUGAUAAAACUCAUAGGUAAGUAUGAUAAAAAUUUCACAGUAUAGUAUAAUAAAAAAUGUCAUAGUAUAUUAAGAUAAGAAAUGUUAGUAUAGUAUGAUAAAAAAGCCAUAGUAUAGCAUGAUAAAAAAUGUCAUAGUAUAGUACGAAAAAAAAGUCAUAGUAUAGUAUGUAAAAAAUGUCAUAGUAUACUAUGAUAACAAUUUUACAGACUAGUUUGAAAAAAAAUUAUUGUUUAGUAUGGUAAAAAUGUCAUAGUAUUUUAUGAUAAAAUAUCAUAUUAUGGUUUGAAAUAAAAUCACCAUUAAGUAUGAUAAAUAUAUCAUAGUAUGGUAUGUUUAAAUAUCAUUGUAUAGUAUGUUAAAAUAUCAUAGUAUAGUACGAUAAAAAUGUCAAAGUAUAGGAUGGUAAAAAUGUCAUUGUAAAGUAUAAAAAACAUAUAACACUAUAAAAAAUGUCAUCGCACAGAAUGAUUAAAAUAUAAUAUUUUACUUUAAAAAAAUGUCAUCGUAUAAUAUGUUAAUAUACUUGAGGUGGCAGUAGCUCACUAGAUAGACAUGUUGUCCAUUAACUGGAAGGUUGGCGGUUGAUUCCCCCCUAUCCCAAGUGAGUCCAUUGUGUUCUUAGGAAAGACACUUAACCCACCUUGCUCCUAGUGUGUGCCCUGCACUGGUGUAUGAUUGUGGGUGUUGUGUGGUGGUGGUCGGAGACGCAAACUGGAAACCACAUGUUUGUCAGUCUGCCCCAGGGCAGCUCUCUGAUACAGCUGAAAAAAAAUCUGAUGCAUUGUUAUUGUUAUUAAUAUCAAAGUUAAGUUUUAUAAAAUGUUAUAGUUAUGUGUUAUAUGUAUACACAAAUGUUAUAUGUUAAAAAUAUCAAAGAAUAGUAUGAUAAAAAAAAUUAUUAUAGGAUGAGAAAAAUCCUAGUUAAUUAUGAUAAAAAUAUCAUUGUUUAGUAGUAAUAAUAAUAAUAGUGAUAUAAAAAAGUGUAUUAUGACAAAAUGUCAAAGUAUUAAGUAUCAUAAAAUAUUACAGUAUGGAAAAAAUAUCAUAGUCCAAUAUAAUAGAAUAUAGUAUGAUAGUAUGAUAAAAAUGAAUUAUGAUAAAAUUAUUAUUGUAUAGUUUGAUAAAAAUGCUGUAGUUGAGUAUGACAAAAUAUCAUAGUAUACUAUGGUAAAAAUGUCACAGUAUAGUAUGAUAAAAAAAAAAUCAUACUUAAGUAUGAAAAAAAAUAUCACGGCAUAGUAUGAAAAAAAGUCAUUGUAUUGUACGAUAAAAAUGCCAUAAUAUUGUGUGGCAUCACAAGGGGGCAAGUUGUGGGUACUAUAUAAUUAUGGACUGUCAGCGGCCAGACAAAAUGGCCACUGCAGGGCAGACUUCGACUCCCAGCAUGCACCUUCACCUGAAGAGCUGCAGGUCCUUGAGACCGUUGAUUGAGGCAGGACAAAGGAGCUGGAAAGCAGACAGAGAAGCACUCUUGGGAGAGGAGAGGAAGAGCAUGGAUCCAAACAUCAAAGAAAUCAUCAAUAUAGAAGUGUAGUGUGAAAAGAAAAACAUUAAUUUGUGCUGGCUGGAGUUUUUGGUUACUUUUGAAAGAGUGUAUUUUCUACCCUGGGAUGUUUUUAGUUGGACUGAGAUCUUGUUCUGAUCCGUUUCUUUUGUGAUGAAACCUGAGGUUGAAUAAAACCCCACCUUUUACUGGAACUUCGCUUGACUGUUUUUGGAUUUAUUGACACUAGCCGAGAGCUAAUCUGCCUAAAAAAUGUCACUGUAUACAAUGAUAAAAGUGUCAUCAUAAAGUAUGAUAGUAAGUAAAAAGUCAGAGUACACUAUGUUGAAAAUUGUUAUAGUAUAGUUUGAUAAAAAUUUUAUAGUAUAAUAUAAUUAAAAAUUUCAUAGUUAAGUGUGAUAAAAAAUUCUUUGUAUAGUAUGAUAAAAAUAUCAUAGUACAGUGUGAAAAAAGUCAUAGUAUAGUAUGAUAGAGGAUGUCAAAGAAUAGAAUGUUAAAAAUGUUAUAGUAUAGUAUGUUAAAAAAUGCCAUAGUUAAGUUUAAUAAAAAUGUCAUAGUAUAUUAUGAUAAAACAAUGUCAACGUAUAGUGUUAAAAAAUGUCAGACUGGUCUGUUAAAAAAUGUUAUAGUAGAGCAUGUUAAAGAAUGCCAUAGUCUAGCAUGAUAAAAAAUGUCUGAGUAUACUAUGUUGAAAAAUGUAAUAGUAUAGUAUGAGAAAAGAUAUCAUAGUACAGUGUGAAAAAAGUCAUAGUAUAGUAUGAUAGAGGAUGUCAAAGAAUAGAAUGUUAAAAAUGUUAUAGUAUAGUAUGUUAAAAAAUGCCAUAGUUAAGUUUAAUAAAAAUGUCAUAGUAUACUAUGAUAAAACAAUGUCAACGUAUAGUGUUAAAAAAUGUCAGACUGGUCUGUUAAAAAAUGUUAUAGUAGAGCAUGUUAAAGAAUGCCAUAGUCUAGCAUGAUAAAAAAUGUCUGAGUAUACUAUGUUGAAAAAUGUAAUAGUAUAGUAUGAGAAAAGAUAUCCUAGUAUAGUAUGAUAUAAAACGUCAGAGUAAAGUAUGAUAAAAAAUGUCAGAGUAUUCUAUGUUGUGAUAUGUCAUGGUAAAGUAUAAUAACAGCCAUCAGGCUUUAUAACUUAUAUAAAUAAUAGAUAACUUUUAUAGACAUAUUACGUGAGACAACAGACAAUUGAAUUUCCCUUCAGGGAUCAAUAAGGUUCUUCUUAUUCUUAAAAGAUGACGAAAAAAUGUCAUAGUAUGGUAUGAUAAAUAAAUGUCAUACUAUAGUAUGAUAAAAAGUGUCAAAGUAUUGUAUGUUAAAAAUGUCAUAGUAUAGUAUGAUAAAAAAAAGUCACAGUACAGUAAGAUCAAAUUUUUAUAGUAUAGUAUGAUAAAAAAUGUUAUUGUUUUGUAUGAUAAAAGUCAUAGUAUUGUAUGAUAAAAAUGUCAUCUUUAUUAUAACUGUAUAGUUUGUAUAAAUUAUCAUACUAUUAUGUCUAAAAGUAGAAUAGUAUAGUAUGACAUGAAAUGUCAUAAUAUAGUAUGUUGAAAAAUGUCAUCUUGUAAUAUAUAAAAGAUGUCAUACUAUAUUACGUAAAAAAAGUCAUAGUAAAGUAUGAUAGAAAUGUCAUUGUAUAGUGUGACAAAGGUGUCAUAGUACAGUAUGAUAAAAAAAUCAUACUGUAGCAUGAUGAAGGAUUCAUAGUAAAAAUGAUAAAAUACUAUGUAAAAAAAGUCAAAGAUAAGUAUGUUAAAAAAUACUUAAAAAUAUAUUAAUAUAUUUAAUAUUGAUAUAAAUUUUUAUAAUAUAUAAUAAUUAAUAUAUUAAAAAUAUAAUAUUUAAAAUAUACUCUGUUGAGAAAAGUCAUAGUAUAGUUUCAUAAAGUGUCAUCGUAUUAUAUAUUAAAAAGUGUCAUAGUACAGUGUGUUAAAAAUGUCAGUAUAAGUAUAGAACAUGACAAAAAUGUCAUAGUAUAGUAUGAUUAAAAUGUCAUAGUAUAAUAUGAAAAAAAGUCAUAGGGUAGUAUUAUGAAUAAUUUAAUUAUAUAGUAUAUUACAAAAUAUCAUAGUAUAGUAUGUUGAAAAUGUCACAGUAUAGUAUGAUAAAAAGGUCAGUAUAUAAUGACAAAAAAGUUAUUGUAUAGCAUGUUAAAAAAUUGUCUUAGUACAGUACGAAAAAAAAGUCAAAGUAUACGUUGUAAAGAAAAGUCAUAGAAUAGUAUGAAAAUAUUACCUAGUAUAGUAUUAUAGAUAAAUGUCAUACCGUAGGGUGAUAAAAAUGUUAUAGUAUAGCAUUAAAUAAAAUCAAAGUAUAGCAUGUUACAAAAUGUCAGAAAUAGUAUGAAAAAAUGUCAUAGUAUUAAAUGUAAAAGGUUUUUUUUCAUACAACUCUAAUGUUUUCUAUCAUAUGAUAAGUAAGUAUGAUAAAGAAUGUCAACAUUUAGUUUUAAAAAUAUAAAAGAAUAGUAUGAUAAGAAAUAUCCAAAUAUUAUAUAAAAAAAAUGUCUCUGCACAGUAUGAUUUGCAAAUGUCAUAUUGGAUCAUGAUAAAAAAAUGACACAGUAAGAUAUAAUAAAAAUAUAGUAUUCUAUGAUAAAAAUGUCAUAGUGUAGUAUGAUGAAAAAAGAGAAUACUAUGUCAAAAAAUUGCAUAUAAUAGUUGGUGCUAUAAUAUAAUAUCAAAGAUGUCAUAUUUUGAAAAAAACAUGUCAAAGCAUAGUGUGAAAAAAAGUUAUAGUACAGCACUAUAAAAACAUUGAAGUACAGUAUGAUAAUAUUUACAUAAUAUUAUGAAAAAAAAAUCACAGUAAAGUAUGUCCAAAAAUGUCAUAUUCCAGUAUUUUGAAAAAUAAUUGUAAAGUAUGCUAAAAAAAAGUCAUAGUACAGUAUGAUUAAAAAUGUCACAGUAUUGUAUGAUAAAAAUUUCAUAGUAUAGUAUGAUAAAAAUGUUGUAUAAAGUGUUAAAAAAAGUCAGCGUAUACUAUGUUGUACUUUAUUAUUAUAGCAUGAUAAAAAAUGUUAUAGUAUUGUAUGAUAAAAAUACCGUAGUAUAUUAUUUUGAAAAAUGUAAGAGUAGAUUAUGAUUUUAAAAAAAAUGUCAUAGUAUUAAUUGCCAAAAAAAAAUCAUAGCAUAGUGUGUAAAAAUAUGUUAUUGUUCAGUAUGUAAAAAUUGUCUUAGUAUAGAUUGUUGAAAAUGUCAGAGUAAAGUAUGAUAGAAAAAAAUGUCAUAGUAUAGUAUAAUAACAAUAUCAUGGUAUAGUAUGAUAAAACAUGCCAUUGUUCAGUAUGAUAAAAAUGUCGAAGCAUAAAAAAAAACUUAUAGUACAGCAUGAUAAAAAAUGUCAUAGUAUAAUAUGAUUGAAAAAAUGUCAUAGUAUAGUAUGAUAGAAAAUAUCAAAAUUUUGUUUGAUAAAAAAUGUCUUGCUAUAUUAGGAUUAAAGAAUGUCACAGUAGAGCAUGAUAUAAAAAAAUUUAAUAUUAUAUUAUGAUAAAAUAUAGUAUUCUAUGACAAAAAUGUCAUAGCUUGGUAUGAUGAAAAACUACAUAGUAUAGUAUAUUGAAAAUGUCAUAGUAUAGUAAGAUAAAAAUUUGAAAGGAUAGUAUGAUAAAAAAAAUGCCAUAUUAUAGUAUGAUAAAAAUGUCAUAGUAUAUUAUGAUAAAAAUUGUCAUCGUAUUGUAUGUAAAAAGUGUCAUAGAAUGGUAUGUAAAAAUGUCAUAGUAUAUUAUGAUAAAUAAAUGUCAUCAUACAGUAUGUUAAAAAUGUCAAGGUUUAGUAUGUUGAAAAUGUAGCAGUAUAGUACAGUGGAGGAAAUUAUUAUUUGACCCCUAGCUGAUUUUGUAAGUUUGUCCAUUGGCAAAGAAACAGUAUCAAUAUAAUGGUAGGUUUAUUUCAACAGGGACAGAUUGCACAUCAAAAGGAGAACAUUGAGAAAAUAACUUUAAAUAAAAGAUAGAAACUGAUUUGCAUUUCAGCGAGUGAAAUAAGUAUUUGAACCCUCUAACAAAAAAGACUCAAUACUUAGUGGCAAAACCCUUGUUUACAAGCACAGAGGUCAAACGUUUCUUGUAAUUGAUGACUAAGUUUGUGCACAUUUUAGGAGGAAUUUUGGUCCACUCCUCUUUGCAGAUCAUCUCUAAAUCACUAACGUUUCGAGGCUGUCUCUUUGCAACUCUGAGCUUCAGCUCCCUCCAUAGGUUUUCUAUUGGGUUAAGGUCUGGAGACUGACUAGGCCACUCCAUGACCUUAAUGUGCUUCUGUUUGAGCCACUCCUUUGUUGCCUUUGCUGUAUGUUUUGGGUCAUUGUCGUGCUGGAACACCCAUUCACGAUCCAUUUUCAGUUUCCUGGCAGAGGAAAGGAGGUUGUCGCACAGGAUUCGACGAUACAUGGCUCCGUCCAUUUUCCCGUUGAUGCGGUGAAGUUGUGCUUUGCCCUUAGCAGAAAAACACCCCCAAAGCAAAAUGUUUCAACCUCCAUGCUGGACGGUGGGGAUGGUGUUUUGGGGGUCAUAGGCAGCAUUUUUCUUUCUCCAAACACUGUGAGUUGAGUUAGUGCCAAAGAGCUCAAUUUUGGUCUCAUCUGACCACAGCACCUUCUCCCAGUCACUCUCUGAAUCAUUUAGGUGUUCAUUGGCAAACCUCAGAUGGGCCUGCACAUGUGCCUUCUUGAGCAGGGGGACCUUGCGAGCACUGCAGGAUUUUAAUCCAUUGCGGUGUAAUGUGUUUCCAAUGGUUUUCUUGGUGACUGUGGUCUCAGCCGCUUUGAGGUCAUUAACUAACUCCUCCCGUGUAGUUCUAGGAUUAUUUCGCACCUUCCUCAGAAUCAUUGACACCCCACAAGGUGAGAUCUUGCGUGGAGCCCCACACCGAGGUCGAUUGAUGGUCAUUUUGUGCUCCUUCCAUUUUCGAACAAUUGCACCAACAGUUGUCACCUUCUCUCCCAGCUUCUUGCUAAUGGUUUUGUUGCCCAUUCCAGCCUUGUGCAGGUCUACAAUUUUGUCUCUGACAUCCUUGGACAGCUCUUGGUCUUUCCCAUGUUGGAGAGUUUGGAGUCUGCUUGAUUGAUUGAUUAAGUGGACAGGAGUCUUUUAUACAGGUGACUAGUUAAGACAGGUGUCUUUAAUGAGAGUGACUAAUUGAGUAGGAGUGUCUAACCAUUCUGUGGGAACCAGAACUCUUAGUGGUUGGUAGGGGAUCAAAUACUUAUUUCACUCAAUGAAAUGUCCAUGUAGAUUCUCAUUCAUCCAGGUCAUGGUUAUCUUGAAGACUUAAAAACAGGCAACUGGACUGUGUAGAGUUGAGAAGAUGUUUCGCCUCUUAUCCAAGAAGCUUCUUCAGUUCUAAAAGUGCUAGUGUCAGGAGCAGAUAUUUAUCUUACUGGAGAAGGGGGACAGUUAACGACUGGCUGGAGUUGAAAAGAAUGGGUCGUAGAAACCCAUCUCUCGGUGUGUGACCCCCAAGUCGUUAUCCUGAAAGGGUCGUUAGCGACUCCUAUCAUGUGACCACCUGACUCAUGCCACCUGAGUCAUGUGGUUCCAGGUGUGAAUGUUUGUGGAGCUUCCUGGGGAGAGAGCUGAGAACUGCAUUGUAAGUGCCAGAGAGAUUGUGCCUGAGUCCACCCCCUCUGUUCAGAGAAGGUUCCUCCAGCCUGGUAAAGAUGGCUUCUUUAACUCCUCUUUCAAACCAUCUGUCUUCUCGAGCCAACACCUGUACAUCGCUGUCCUCAAAAGAGUGACCCGUAUCCUUCAAGUGAAGGUGGACAGCUGAGUCCUGACCUGAGGAAGUGGCUCUCCUGUGUUGAGCCAUGCGCUUGUGAAGCGGUUGUUUAGUUUCCCCAAUGUACAGGUCUGAGCAUUCCUCGCUGCACUGGACAGCAUACACCACUUUACUCUGUUUAUGUCUCGGUGUUUUGUCCUUGGGAUGGACUAGCCUCUGCCUUAGUGUGUUACCAGGCUUGAAAUGAACAGGAAUGUGGUGUUUGCCAAAGAUCCUCUUGAGUUUUUCCGACAGGCCUGCAACGUAAGGGAUUACAGUGCUCUUGCCUCUCUCCUCCGUGUUAUUUCUCUUUCUGUUCUUCACAAAGGCCCACUUAGGGUAUCCACAGGUUGUCAGGGCAUUUUUUUUUAAUGUGCUUUUGUUCCUUUUCCUUACCUUCUUUCUUCGGCUUUCUCGACCCGGUGGUUGAGUGUUCUGAUGACACCCAGUUUGUGCUGCAGAGGAUGGUGGGAAUCAAAAAGUAGAUAUUGAUCCGUGUGUGUUGGUUUUCUGUACACUUCAACGUUGAGACACCCAUCUGCCUCCAAGUGUACAGCACAGUCCAAAAAGGCCAACACUUUGUCCUUGACAUCUUCACGGGUGAACUUGAUGUUGCUGUCCACUGUGUUGAUAUGGUCAGUGAAGGCCUCUACUUCAUGUGUUUUGAUCUUAACCCAGGUGUCAUCCACAUAUCUGAACCAGUGGCUAGGAGCGGCUCCCUUGAAAGAGGUUAGGGCCUUCCUCUCUACCUCUUCCAUGUACAGGUUUGCCACUAUUGGAGAAACCGGGGAGCCCAUCGCGCAUCCGUGUUUCUGUCUGUAAUGGCGCUCUCUGAACUGGAAAUAGGUGGUGCUGAGGCAGAUGUCCAAUAAGGAGCAGAUGUGGUCCGGGGUUAAGUUGGUUCUGACUUCCAGUGUGCUGUCCUGUGAGAGGCGUUGUCUUACUGCUUGGACUGCCUCUGUUGUUGGAAUACUUGUGAAAAGUGAUGUGACAUCAUAGGAAACCAUGGUUUCAUCUGGGUCCAACCUGAUGUCCUUGAUUUUCUCAGCAAAGUCCUGUGAGUUUCUGACGUGGUGAGUGGUGUGGCCGACAAGAGGAGCAGCUGUUACCUUCAACCUAAGUUGUUCUGCCUCCGUGACUGCUAGAUUGUUGUUGCGGAUCGCUGACUCGCUAUCGACCCUUUCAGGAUAACGACUUGGGGGACACACACCGAGAGAUGGGUUUCUACGACCCAUUCUUUUCAACUCCAGCCAGUCGUUAACUGUCCCCCUUCUCCAGUAAGAUAAAUAUCUGCUCCUGACACUAGCACUUUAAGAACUGAAGAAGCUUCUUGGAUAAGAGGCGAAACGUCUUCUCAACUCUACACAGUCCAGUUGCCUGUUUUUAAGUCUUCAAGACACUCAAUGAAAUGCAAAUCAAUUUAUAUAUUUCAGAUAAUGUAAUUUUCUGAAAUUUCUUUUUGAUAUUUUAUCUCUCACUGUGAAAAUAAACCUACCGAAGAAAAUAUAGACUGUUAGUUUCUCUGUCAGUGGGCAAACUUACAAAUUCAGUGGGGGAUCAAAUAAUUACUUCCUCCAUUGUAUAAUAAAAAUUUUAGAGUAUAUAAUGACAAAAAAAGUCGUAGUAUGGCAUGAUAACCAAUGUCAGUAUAGAACGUUACAAAAAUGUCAUAGUAUAGCAUAUAAAGAUGUCAUAGUAUAAAAUGUAAAAAAAGGCCAUACUAUACACUGAUGAAACAUGUCAUGGAUAGCAUUUAAAAAAUGUCAUAUUACAGUAUGAUAAAAAUGUCAGAGUAUACUCUGUUAAAAAAAAGUCAUAGUAUAGUAUGAAAAUAUUUCCUAGUAUAGUAUUAUAGAAUAAUGUCAUAGUGUAGGAUGAUAAAAAUGUUAUAGUAUAGCAUGACAAAAAAAACUCAAAGGAUACUCUGUUAAAAAAGUCAUAGUAUGGUAUGAUAUAUGGUAUGAAUGUUAAAAAUUUAAAUAAUAUUGUGUGGUAAAAAAUGUCUUAUUAAAGUAUAAUUUAAGAAUGUUACAAUAGAGCGAGAUAAAAAAUUUAUGGUAUAGUACGAUAAAAAUAUAGUUUUCUACGACAGAAUGUCAUAGUACACUAUGUUAAGAAUUUAAGUUUGUGAGAAAUGCCAUAUUAUAUGAUGUCAAAAAUGUCAUAGUAUGAUAAAACAUGUCAUCUUAUAAUACAGCUUGAUAAAAAAUGGAAGAAUAGUAUGAUAAAAGAAUGUCAGUAUAGUUUGUUGAAAAAUAUCAUAGUAUAAUAUGAUAAAAAUUUCAUAGAAUAGUUUGUAAAAAAUGUCAUAGUAUAAUAUGAUAGAAAUGUCAUAGAAUAUUAUGAUGAAAAAAUGUCAUAGUAUAGUACGAUAAAAAAAAGUACAGAACAUUACAAAAAUGUCAUAGUAUAGUAUGAUAAAAAAAAAGUCAUUGUAUAGUACGAUAAAAAAAAACGUCAUUGUAUAGUAUGAAAAAAUGUAAUAGUAUUGGAUGACAAAAAAUGUCGUAGUGUUUGAUGAUAAAAAAACAGUGUAUUCAGUGUAUAAAAAUAUACACAAAAAUGUAUACAAAAUACAAAUAAAAAUAUAUACAAAAUGUUGAAAAAUACAAAUUUUCUAUUAUAACAUUGUUUAUCAUCCUACACUAUGACAUUUUUUACAAAAUAUAAUGACAUUUUUUACAUACUAUAUUCUCAUAUUUCUUAAGAUACUAUACUGACAUUUUUUAACAUACAUUCUGUCACUUUUUUAUCAUACUUUACUGUGACAUUUUACAUCAUGCUAUAGAAUGAUCCUAUUGUUUUACAAUACAAUGAAACUUUUUAUAGUACAACAUACUGAUUUUUUAACAUACUAUAAUAAGACAUUUUUUCACAAAGGAUAAUAUGACAAUUUUUCAACUUACUAUGCUCUGAUAUUUCUUAUCAUACAAUACAAUGACAUUUUGUAAUGUACUAAACUAUGACAUUUUUCAACAUACUAUGAUAUGAUAUUUUUAUAAUGCCAUUCUAUAACAUUUUUUACAUACUAUACUUUGACAUUUUUAAUCAUACUAAACAAGGAAUUUUUUUAUCAUACUAAACUAUGAUCUUCUUAUCAUACUAUACUAUGAUUUCUUUUAUCAUACUAUACCGUGAUUUUCUUAUCAUACUAUAAUAUAAUAUUUUUGUCAUACUAUACUAUGACUAUUUUUUAAAAUAAUAUAAUAUUACAUCUUUACAUACUAUAAGAUGACAUUUUUUAACAUACUUUACCCUGACAUUUUAUAUCGUACCAUGAUAUGACUUUUUUAUCAUACUAUACAGGGGUUUUUUAAACAUACAACACUAUGACAUUUUCUACACCAAAUAUUAAGACAAUUUUUAAACUACUUAUCUUUAACAUUUUUUAAAUCACACUAUGCUUUGAAAUUUAAUCACACUAAUCAAUGAUUUUUUUUAUAAUUCUAUACUUUGACAUUUUUUAUUAUCCUAUACUAUGAAUUUUUUCACAAUGCAAUACUUUUGAAUUUGAACAUAAUAUAAUAUGACAUCUUUCACAUACUAUCACAUAUUUUUCAACAUACAAUACUUUGACAUUUUUUAUCAUACUAUUCUAUGACUUUUUUACAACAUUCUAUACUGACAUUUUUAACAUACUAUACUAUGACAUUUUUUUCAUACUAUACCAUGACAUUUUUUAACAUUCUAUACAUUACAGUUUUUAUCAUACUAUACUAUAAAAUUUUUAUUUUACUGUACUAUUACCUUUUUUUUUAAAUAAUAUACCAUGAAUUUUUCAUCAUACUAUAUUAUGACAUUUUUAUUCUACUAUCCUAUGACAUUUUUUAUCACACUAUACUUUGACAUUUUUUACAUACUAUACUUUGGCUUUUUUUCUUAUACUUUACUGUGACAAUUUCAAAUCAUGCUCUGUCUUAAAAUUUUUCUCAUUCUAUACUAUAAAAUUUUUCAUACUAUUCCAUGACAUUUUUAUCAUACUAUUCUAUGACAUGUUUUAUUUUACUGUACUAUGACAUUUUUUGUGAUACAAUUCUAUGACAUUUUUUUAUCAUGCUUUACUGUAAAUUUUUUUUAUCAUACUAUACUAUGACAUUUUUAUGAUACUAUACUAUGACAUUUUUUAUGAUGCUAUACUGUGAUUUUUUUAUCAUACAAUACUAUGCCAUUUUUUAAAAUACUAAACUGACAUUUUUUAUCACACUAUACCAUAAAAAUCUUUAUAUUAUACUGUGACAUUUUUUAACAUACUAUACAAUGACAUUUUUUUCUCAUAUUGUAUUGACAUUUUAAUUAUUCUUUGACAUUUUUCACAUACUAUACUAUUACAUCCUUUAUCAUUCUAUUCCAUGACAUUUUUUACCAUCCUUUCUAUUAUUUUUUUAUUAUUCUAUGCUAUGACAUAUUUUGUCAUACUCUACUGUUACAUUUUGUAACAUACUUUACUGACAUUUUUUAUCAUACUUUACCAUGACAUUUUUAUCAUACUUUACCAUGACAUUUUUAUCAUGCUUUACUCUGACUUUUUUAUCAUACUAUACUGACAUUUAAUUAUGAUUCCCAACAUACUACACUAUAAAAACAAUUUCAUACUAUAAUAUGACAUUUUUCAACAUAUUUAAUCCUGACAUUUUUUGUCACAGUGUAAUAUGUUUACAAAAUCAUUGUUUAGUAUGAUAACAAAAUGUCACAGUAUACCCAAGCAUAAAAAAUGUCAUAAUAUAGUUUGAAAAACGUUAUAGUAUAGUAUAGUAUUACAAAGAUGUCAUAGUAUAGUAUGAUUAAAAAAUGUGAGUUUAGGAUGAUUAAAAUGUCACAGUAUAGUAUGAUAAAAAUGUAUUUUUAUAGUAUUGUUAAAUGUCAUUGUAUAGUAGGAUAAAAAUGUCAUUGUAUUGCAUGGUAAAAACAUGAUAUUGUAUUAUGAAAAAAAAAAAGUCAAAGUAUAUUACCUCCCUGCCUCAGGCUUUGGUGGUUCUCAUGGUCUCAUGGGGAGCUUGGGGGCUCUCAGAACAAAGCCAAACCACCAGAUAUGACUUACUGCAUGAUAAUGAGAAUGAUUCUCUUCACCUGUUUACCUGUCUCAGGUGACACUUCCUGUCAGGAUCUUUAAGCUGAUGGGGGUGGAGUCUCUGCUGGUGACAAACGCCUCAGGUGGGAUCUGUCCGGACUAUAAGGUCGGUGACAUCAUGAUCAUCAAAGACCACAUCAACCUGCCCGGGUUCGCCGGACAACAUCCACUGUGCGGGCCCAACGAUGAGCGGUGAGAACGACAGAAAAAGCUAACCCUCUGUUUGUGGUUUAGGGAUCAGGUAACUCUACCUGUCUGUCUAUCUCUGUGCAGGUUUGGGAUCAGGUUCCCGUGUAUGUCUGAUGCGUACAGUAAGGAUCUGCAGCGUUUGGCGUUGGAGGCGGGAUCAGAGCUGGGCUGUGGUGACUUCAUCAAAGAGGGCGUGUACUGUAUGGUGAGCGGACCAAACUUUGAGACCAUUGCUGAGGCCCGUAUGCUGCAGAUCCUUGGCUGUGAUUCUGUGGGUGAGAUGCUCCUCUCUGAUUGGUCCACAGGGAUCCACAAACUGUUCAGAAGAGUCUUUGAGGACUUUAAGAGAGUCUAAGAUGGUUUAGGAGUCAACUUAGAUCUUUGUGUCUGAGUUUAAAUGGAUCUUACAGAUCUAGACCAUACACUGUAUAUAAAAUGGACAGAGUCUGCCUCCUUGCUGGGUGAGAACAGCACCCUCUGUUGAUGGGCUGCAGUAUAAGUCAUAAAUCCUGCCUCCGCCAGCAAAGCUUAUGGGGCUGUGGACUAACUUUAGAAAUUUAUUACACAGAAUAUAAAUUUUCACCCCCCUGCUUGUGAUGUUGACAUGUAGUUACAGUAAGUCUGGUUUGUGCUCAAGUCCUCUUUUUUCUGUACAGCUCCGUUUUUCAAAGUUAUUAGGGGGUUCAUGUUUUCUAUGAUUGACACCUGAUACAGUCUAUGGGCGUUCAGGGAUUGCGUAGAUCACCCGGGGGGAUACGCUGUUUGAGCCGAGCAUCAUCACAGUGACUCUCGGCGAUUGCGCAGCCAAAUGCGCGCAUCGCUACUGCACAGCUCUAGCCUGGCCGGGCCAUCCUGUUGCGUGAAUCACUUGAUGUUGUAAUUCUGCAGUUGUCUCUGCAAAGUCGGCAGAAAUCGUCUAUAUCCGACAUUCUGUGUAUAUAAACGAUUUCUGCCGACUUUGCAGAGUCAACUGCAGAAUUAACGGCGUUAUGAAUGAACGGGGCUUUGAAAACUCCCGCAGCAUGUGUUAGUAGUCACCACUACACAUGGACCAAUCAAGGGCUGCCUUUCCCUGUUGUCUGGGUAACAGUGGAAACACGGUCUCUGAUUGGCCCGGUUAUUUUCUGAUCAGAAAUACACGCUCUCUAUGGGCCGAAGUCCAGACUGUGGUGGGAAGGGACAUCAAGUGAUUCACGCAACAUGAUGGCCCGGCCAGGCUAGCGCAGCUCUGGUUUCAGGAAAUGAAGAAAAAUCCCGGAAAUACCAAGAGCUUUUUGGCUUCAGAUCCGUUUACAGGCGGUAGGCGGAACCAAGUUGUCCAUAGUAUAUACAGUCUAUGAUCUAGACUGAGUGUGAAACAGAAUGACGGGCACCUUCAGUUAUUUUUAAAGAUUUCAGAGUUUAAAUUUCAAACAUCUCAGUAUCAUGACGUUCUGUUUCUUCAUGUCCUCCUCCUCAGGUAUGAGUACAGUACCUGAAGUGACCGUAGCCAAACACUGUGGGAUCAGAGUCCUCGGGCUGUCCCUCAUCACCAACAAGGUUCUGAUCAGAUCUGACUGUAAUCUUGUUUGAAUUUGACUUUAAUCUUGUUAAAAUCUGACUGUGAUCUUGUAUAAAUCUGAAUUUAAUCUUGCUGUAGUCUGAUCAGAAUUUAACAGUAAUCUGACAGUAAUCUGACUGCUGACUGACUAUAAACUAAUUGCAAUCUUAUUUUAAUCUGUGACCUAAUAAAUCACUAACUUUACUCUGUUAUCAAAAUGAAAUCUGACUGUAAACUGACUUAAAACUGUCAGUAGUUUGACGGAAGAUGGUAGCCUUUAUUAUCUUUUAAUCUGAUCUCUGACUGUAAAUCUGUUAUUUUUAAACGUUUUCUGUGAUCUUACUGUCAGAGCAUACCUGUACCUGCAGGUGUCUCUGGACUACAGUCGGGAGGAGAAGGUGAACCACGAGGAGGUUCUGCAGAUCAGUAAAAUGAGAGCCGAGGUUCUACAGAAACUCGUGUCAACCAUGAUCAGCCGCUGCCAGCAGCAGAGCAUCAACACACACUGAUGUGCACACACACACAUGCACGCACACACACACACACUCUUGGGUUUUUAAGUUUUGCACCAUCAAAAUUAAAGUCAGCUCAACAUUCAGCAG